AUGAGCCUAAUUGCGACCUGUGUUCUGUGUCAUGAAAAGUUACCAUACUGUGCAUCGAAUAGUGGAACAUUGAUACAACAUCUGCGCUGCAAACAUCCAGAGGAGGUUUUCGGCUAUCCUAAGAUAUUCUCACGGGACAUGAUGCCACAGAGAAACAUUCAGAGUGCUGGUCCGAAAAAAACAAAUACUACGGAAUCCCCGAACGCAAAAUCCACCAAUGUUGACAGUUUCGGUGAAGUAACGGCGACGGUUCAUCAAACGAAUGCAAAAGUUCAUCAACGACAGGAAAGAAAAGUUGUCUACAAAACAACUGUAGCGGAAUGGCAUCCGGCCCGGUUUCGAGUGCACUGCCGGAACUGCAAUGGACGCUUCUUUCCCACCGUUCGCAUGGCCACUUCACGCGUUUCGCACAGCGCCUUCGCGGCUGCCUGCGUCCUGUCCUGCUGGCCGUUGUGCUUUCUGCCCUGUCUCUUCAACAGACCGACCAAGCACCAUCUGCACUGCGCCAACUGUCACGCCUAUCUUGGCCUGUACGAUGCCCGCCGAGACUGUCUGGAUGAAAAAUCUCGUCCACGAACGAAUUAA